UGUUACUAUGAGCAUAGUGUAUUCUCAUUCAAUGAAAUAAAAAAAUAUAUAUAAUAAAAUAUAGGCUGCAAAGUACAAUACUUAAACUUUAAUAAGAGAAACCUAAAUUUGUUGUGCCUAAGUAUUUAUAAAAAAAUGGCACAGUGGAUUGGAUACAUGGUUUCUAUUAAGUGUUCCGACGACAGUACUUAUCAGGGAGAAAUUCUUACAGCAACUACAACACAUAUUACCUUAACAAAAGCCUUUUGCAACGGAUUUCCUUGUGAACGGAAUGAAGUUAAAAUCAGAGCAAACAGUAUAUUAGAUCUUAAAUUAAUUGAAAAACAAAAGGAUAAUGUGGAUGAACGCAGUACAAUUACUAUAGCAAAACCCAUUGCCAAAAGAGCUGGAAGGACACACAGUACUUCAGAACCUCAUAGUUCUGGAAAUAAAUUUGCAGCAAGCACUAGUUUACAUAAUAGGUCGAAACCAAUAGACAUUGAGAUAAAACAAACUCAUGAGCCAGUAAAUAAUUCUUUUAAAAACAGCACUCCUAAUAAAAAAGAAAAGAACAAUAGAAAGUGGACAAAGGGUUGGAGGGAUGAAGAGUGUUUUGGUUCUCCUAUGGAGCAGAGCAAUAUCGGUAAAGACUUCGAUUUUGAGAAAAAUUUGGCAUUGUUCAAUAAACAAGCUAUUUGGGACGAAAUUAACGCCCAAAAACCAGAUGUGGUAAAACAUAUCGAUGCUAGAAAACCUACUAAGUACAGGCAUGACGAAAAUAUAAUCUCAACAAUUCCAACUUCGUAUCGGCAAAUAACCGUCCCAAAACAAGAUUUUUGUGAAUAUGUAACAGAUGAUGGCCUAAUAAUACCCAGCAUUUCUAGAGCAUUGAGGAAAAGACUGUGGGAAGUGGCCGAAAGAGUGGGUCUUACGUGGGAAAAGAGAAUAGACCUUAUAGGAAGAGCAGCUGCUGAGAUCUCCAUUCAAUUAUGUGGAGGGGGACAUAGACUGAAUCCACAUAAUACACACCAAUGGCCUACGGUUGUUGUUUUAUGUGGACCUCACAAGCAAGGAGCGAUUGGAGUGAAUACAGCAAGACAAUUAGCUAGUCAUGGUGUACAAACUAUAGUAUUCACAGUAUCUAUGGACGCGCCUAUAAUUAAAAAAGAACUUUCACUUUAUAUGUUAACCAAAAAUCGUGUACUUAACAACGUCUCAGAUUUGCCUCCUAUUUCAGAUCUGAUAAUAGUAGCUCUUUGUGAAGAUGCUGACAAUCCUAAACACUAUCCAUUACUAUCGGAUUGGGUAAAUAAAAAUAAAGCUCCUGUUUUUGCUUUGGACCCACCUCCAGUGGGAACACCAGGAAUUACCCCGAAAUGUUCAUUGCUGCCAGUACUACCUCUACCACACUCUUCGAAUAAUGGCAAAUUAUAUUUGUGUAACUUGGGAUUUCCUGUGGAUAUUUUCAAUGAAGUAGGGAUCAAGUACAAAUCACCGUUCGGCCCAAAAUUUGUUAUUCCUUUACAUCCUAAAGAUGAUUGAACAUUUUUAUGUUGGUAUAAUUUAAGGAUUUAUUGAUCCCUUUUUAUAUUUACACUUGAUCCCUGUUUCUUCCAAUUUAUUAUUUUUUAUUAAAUUUGACUACGCUUUUGAAAGAUGGAACAAGAUUGAUCAUAUUGUGCAGAAUAUUAAAUAUAAAUUUCAA